CCAUAAUAACUAACGUCUUUAUACAUUUUUUUUUAUAACACGCGGAUAAAUUCCCCUUCCUCUUUUCUCCCUUUUGUUAUUUUUAUUUUUAUUUUUUUGCCAAGAGAAUACAAGCCAUACGGUUUUAUGUUAUGCCAAACCAAUUCAUUUCUAUUUAAUUAAAGAAUCGGAUCAUGGCGACUAUAGAUACGGCAUACUAUGUGCCGACCUUUUAUGGACUCUGUGCCACAUUUGGUAUUUCGUGCGCAAUCACAGUGUCGUGUGUUGCCACCUUUGAGUUCUUUCGCACCAAAGAGUCGAUGCAGUGUUUGUUUUCACCGCGGACGCGAUUGGCAGGAAACACCAACACGGCCCCAUCGCCGUUAUCGUACAAACUCUUUGGCUGGCUCAAGGGCACAUACCAUCUCGAUGAAUCCUAUUUCAUCACCCACGUGGGUCUGGACGCCACCAUGUAUCUACGCUUCUUACGCAUGGCUACGCAAUUCCUUGCAGUGCAAGCGAUCCUGACGUGUCCGAUAUUACUCGUUUUGCACUGGUUCGCAUCCUCAUCGUCGUCAUCACCCACCGCAGCACCUUCAUCCUACUCCAACAAUAGCAGCAGCAGCAGCAGCUACACGAUAACAACACCAACAAGACCCAUCAUCAUGAUCGACGAUCUAAACUUCAACAACGACCCCUACGCAAACUUUCAAAGCAAUGCCACCUUGUACCGCCUGUCGAUAUCCAACGUACCCCACGAAGCCUCCAUCAUGUGGGUCCAUGGCGUCCUGACAUGGAUCAUUUCGCUCAGCUGGCUCUGGCUCUUAUUUGUCAAUUAUUGGCAUCACUUGCUCCUGCUAUUGCAACAACGCGACGGCAUUGUGCGUCGUUCACGGACCGUGCUACUCACCAACGUGCCACAUCAUUUACGGAAUGUUCAGUCGUUGCGUCAACAUUUCUCGAGUGAAUUUGGGCCCGUCCGUCACGUUUGUUUGCUCAGUCAGGCUGGUGUCGCUGCUUUACAUUGUGCAUUGCAGCGUCGUGAACAGUAUAUGGAUCGAUUGGAGCAUCGAUUGAUUCUCUGGUAUCGUCGACAACAACAGCGUCAUGGUAUCAAGCUGAUGAUGACAAAAGAAGAGCAUGAUUGUUCGUCACAGGCUGCCUUACUGUUACCGACUCAACACCAUGAUGAGGGCAGUGAAGGAGUGGCAGAUAUGGUCCAUGUGCUCCGUAAAUUGGAUCGUUUGGAUGCAGAGAUUGAGCAGUUACGGGAGUAUAAUGCAUUGUCUGCACGGUAUCAUAUGCCCACUGGCACCGCAUUCGUGACAUUCAAAUCGAUCGAAUCAGCCCAGAUAUGUGCUAAAAUGUCAUGGAAGCCGGGCGUAUUCCAAACCCAAAUCGCACCCGAACCUCGAGAUCUUUUGUGGAAUGGCCUUUUGAGGCAAGGCCGUCGUGACAAGCUGAUGGGUCGGCUGAGACAAUGGGCGGUAUUCAUUGCUGUUUGGUCACUGACCAUCUUUUGGUUAUUCCCAGUGUCAUUUAUUCUGGGUCUGACCUCCAUCGAAUCGCUCUCACAACAUUUUGGGUUCUUGAACUAUUUCAUGAACACAUCUGAUGUCGUUCGGUCGUUUAUCCAAAACAUUCUGCCGAUGCUUCUGGUGACCUUGUUUUUGAGUCUGCUGCCUUGGAUCCUUUUGGUGAUCUCGAAACAACAAGAUUUCGUGUCUUAUUCAGCACUUGAGGAUGCAGUGUUGGGCCGCUACUACCGCUUCGCCAUCUUCAACGUGUUGAUCGUCUUUCUGUUGGGCACGAGCUUCUUGUCGACGUUACUGGACGUGCUCUACGAGCCAGGGAAACUGAUCCAUCUGUUGGGCAAGUUCUUACCACAAGGCGCGAACUUUUUCCUAAACUACAUCCUGUUCAACUCGGCCACACAUGCCAUGGAACUGGUCCAACUGGGCUCCCAACUGUUUGGCCACUUUUACCAUCGUCUACCCUGUGUUUCCAAAACCCCACGUCAACUCGCACGACACACACGGCCUUGGUCGUUCCCAUUCUAUUAUUAUUAUCCAAACCAUAUCCUGGUCUUUGUCAUUGCAUUAACCUAUUCUGUGAUCCAGCCGCUGAUCUUGCUCUUUGCGCUGUUUUAUUUCUUGAUCGCCCUCCAAGUCUUUCGUCAUCAGUUUGCGUAUGCGUAUGUACGCCACUACGAGUCGAACGGACAGCAUUAUCGGCGCAUGGCUGGCUAUACCUCGGAUGGUCUGGUCAUCUUUCAACUGACAAUGACUGGAUUGUUGUAUUUGAAGGGCGCGAUCAUGCCUGCAACGGCCAUCGUGCCUUUGACGUUGAUCACUGUUUGGGCUAAACUCAAGCUUGCUCAACAGUUCUCACGACGUCGUCCUCGAAUUCACUUACGACCACCACCGCCUCCGUCAUCAUCAUCAUCAUCAUCGUCGUCGUCGUCGUCACCACAACAACAACAGCAACAUCCAUCAUCAUCCCCAGCUUUGUCUUUGACGUCGUCAUCGUCGUCGUCAUCUACGACGACUACUGCAGCAACAGUGACUACUACUCGACAAAGUUCUCCUCGAAUGGAUCAAGAAGAACGAUUCGAGAAAGAGGAUGAAGAACAAGAGCAUAUAGAUAAACAAGACAUGGAACAAUUGGAAAAGAAGAGUAGGAACGCCGAUGGUAGCAGUAUAUGGAAAUUAGCGUAUAUCAAGGCAUGGUACCGACAUGGUCGUUAUGCACCUCAACAUUUCCCCACAAUGUCCACUGCUGUCACUGCCGCGACGACGACGACGACGACGACGACGACGGCUACUGCUACUGCUACUGCUUGUAGUAGAAAGCAAGAGCGACAACAACAAGUGACGAUCGCGCCGCCAACAUCGCCGACAAGUAGUACCAGCACAGAUAGACGCACCUUGGUGAUGGUCGUAGAGGAUAUCGCCAAUGCUACUACUAGUAGUAGUAGCAGCGAACAACAACAACAGCAGCAGCAGCAACAGGAAGAAAAUGAGGAAGAACAUGCACUGCUGACAGUGUAUCCCGACGACACGCCACGUGAGAAUGAGCGGUUCGACUAUCCACCUUUGGUUACACCGCUUGAGCGACGGUUAUGGUUGCCUCGCGACGCGAAUCGUCGUUGUUGGGAUGUGAACGAUUGUGUUUCGGUGUCGCUGGAUGAUCUACGUCGUUCUUUGGAUCCUCCAUCCAUCUAAAAAGAAAGAGCCCCUCACCCCUCCCCUUUAUAACUUUAUUUUCCAAUUGUAUUUAUUUUUGGCGGCUGCUGGCCACGGGUUCACCCCCUCUCUCUCUCCUCCAAACUCGGUUACCCUCUUUUGUACACGUAAUAGAUGCCGUGACCCUCAGCCUCUCCCUCUCUCUCUUUCUCUUUCUCUCUCUCUUUUCGGCUCGCUACCCCUCUUUUUUAUUAUUCUCUCCUG